CGCGUUGGAGAGUCAGCCUGUACAGUAGUUUUUGUAACGCUAUUCCUGAAACAUGAGUAAGAUAUUAGCCUUUUUGACGGUAACAGUUGCCUUGUUUUUUGUUGAGGUGCUGCACGGGCUGCCAUACAGUUAUUUUCAGUCAGGAAAACGUCAUGGAUCCAACAGAGAGCCCCAGUUCACAGAGAAGUAUUUCAGUCAGACUCUGGACCACUUCAACUUCAACAGCAUGGGGAACGGGACAUUCAGCCAGCGUUAUCUGAUCACAGAUAAGUACUGGGAGAAAGGACACGGCCCCAUCUUUUUCUACACCGGCAAUGAGGGAAACAUCUUCGAGUUUGCACUCAAUUCUGGAUUCAUCACAGAGUUGGCUGCUCAGCAGGGAGCCUUGGUCAUAUUUGCUGAACAUAGGUACUACGGCAAAUCUCUACCGUUUGGCAAAGACUCCUUCAACAUCCCUCAGAUCAGCCUGCUGACAGUGGAGCAGGCCCUCGCCGACUACGCUGUCAUGAUCACUGAGCUGAAACAGCAGCUGGCAGCUACAGGAUGUCCUGUCAUCGUGUUUGGUGGCAGUUAUGGUGGGAUGCUGUCGGUCUAUAUGAGACUCAAGUAUCCGAACAUCGUGGCUGGAGCUCUGGCUGCCAGCGCUCCCAUACUGUCCACUGCUGGGCUGGGAGACUCCAGGCAGUUUUUCAGAGAUGUUACAGCUGAUUUUGAGAAUGUUGCCCCUGAAUGCAGAGACGCUGUGAGAGGAGCUUUCCAUCAGCUGAAACAAUUAGCUGAACACCAAGAUUAUAGUCGCAUCCAGUCUGAGUUCUCCCUGUGUAAGCCUCCAUCAUCUGCAAAGGACAUCCACCAGCUGAAUGGCCUGCUGAGGAACGCCUUCACUCUGAUGGCCAUGCUGGAUUACCCCUACAGCACUCACUUCAUGGGCAACAUGCCUGCCAAUCCUGUCAAGGUGGCCUGUGAAACCAUGCUGAGUGGAUCUGACCUGCUCGUGAACCUCAGGAACACUGCAGGCAUUGUGUACAACGCUACUGGGCUGCUGACCUGUUUUGACCUGUACAAUCUGUAUUUGGAGUGUGCUGAUCCCACCGGCUGUGGACUGGGCUUCGACAGCCUGGCCUGGGACUACCAGGCGUGCACAGAGAUUGAUCUGUGCUACGAGAGCAACAACGUGACAGACAUGUUUCCUCCCAUGGCCUUCACUGAGAGGGACCGAGAACUUUACUGCUCCGAGCGCUGGGCUGUGGUUCCUCGACCAGACUGGCUCAAAACCCAGUUCUGGGGUGACGACCUCACCACCGCCAGCAACAUCAUUUUCUCCAAUGGAGAUCUGGACCCAUGGGCAAAUGGAGGGGUGCGCAAGUCCUUGAGCUCAUCGCUAGUAGCCGUCAACAUUUCUGGAGGAGCCCAUCAUCUGGAUCUGAGAGGCUCUAAUGAUGCUGAUCCAGUGUCAGUAAUCAGUGCCAGGAAGAUGGAAGCAGACCUCAUUGCACAGUGGGUGAAGAUGGAGAGGACCAGAUUAAGACAGUCACCUUAAAGCACAGGUUCAGUUUGUUCCAGGACUGAAUCACGUUAAAUCAGUCAUUUCCUGUCAAAUCAUGUCAUUUUGAAUACCACUGUUGCAGAACUCCAGUUCACUUAAAAAAAAAAAAAAAAAAAAAUGUACCUGUCGCAAUUUCAUUUCUGAGUGCGCUCUUACUGGACGGGAUUGUGCCACGGUGUAAUGCACAGCAGGAAUGGAGGAGCCUCACAGCUGAGGAAAAAUAAAACCAAUCAUGGACAUAUUCUGCAAAGCAACAGAAUUAUGCAGUUUGGCUGAAAAAUGCCUGUAAGGAUUUUCUGAAGUCUAGAUGGAUUGAUUUGGAUCAUGUCAUAUUUAAGUCAAAGUGAACACAAUACCAUGUCAAAUCAUCAUCUUCAUGUAGAAGCACACAAGAGUUUGUGAGGGCCCCAGAAACAAACGCCUCCCACAUUCGGCCUUUGGAUAGAUCAUCGGAGUUAAUCCAAACAGUUCACUGUUGCUUCCACUGUUUUUAAUCAUUUCGCUCAAGUGAAACAGCUGCAAGAGCUACAUGUCACUGUGGUGUGACAGAUGUCGAAUGUUUCCACACCGGUAUUUUACACUCCCGACAGGUCACGAAGGGAGCCAGUUGCUUCACUCAUGUCACUGGUUGUGUGUGUCCAUACUAGUACAUUGAAAGUACCACCAUGACCAGAGGACUGUGGACCUCAUGUUUUAUGAAUCAAUGAUCAACACAGAUGUUCUGUCUGUUCAAUAAAAUCUCUUUAAUUUUAACAUUUUUCUUUACAAAAUUAAAGCCGAUCCAGCGUUCAUUAUUCACAAUGCCACCAUGACAUGAAUACAUUUUGUAGAUUUGAGAAAGUUUGAAAUAAAAAUGAAAAAAACAUCAAACCAAUGCCCCAUAACCCGACUGUGGUCUGAGUAUUUCUGGAAGAUCCCCAUAGACAUUCUCUGACCGCAAGCCUGCAAACUUUUUAUAGCCAUCUUCUGUUUAAGUCUAACAUAAUGUGAACAUUUGGCUCUACAAAAAAGAUCAUGUGUAAUUGCAAUAGUAUAGAUCUGCAAAUGUACUUUUUGUGCAGUUCCCAAAUGCUUCCAGACCAGACUGUUUCAACAUUUUGUCCAUGACCAUGUAUGACAAACAGGCCGUAUCACUCUAUAAUCAAAGCUUAUUGUACAUUUAAAACUAUUGUAGAAAAUGGCAGUGUAUGUUCACACAGUAACAAACAUUUAAAGCCCUGGAAAAAAAAAAAAAAUUCUGUCGAAUUCAGUACCCACAAUUCCUGGGAGCCCUGUAAGUGGAUGAGCACUGGGGCCUCCCUCCCCCAACUACAUCAGCUGCUCUAAAAUGGAACACCAAGCUUUCCACACUCCAGUGUGGUGAGAUGUAAAACCUGCAUUGCAGCUGUAUUCUUGUGCACUUUACAUGAUGGUCAGCAGGAGGUUGGAGUCUUUCCACUAUGGCUUAAGUACACUUUAAUGUGCAUUCUGG